AAAUUAGCAUAAUUUAUGCUUUCGAUUCGCAAAAACUCACAAAUAACCUUAACAUAUGUUAACCUUAUGAAUCAAAUUAUUUAACUACGCCUCUUUCGGAAAUACACAACGAAAUUCCUGUAAUACGGACAGGAGUCCUCGAAAGAACUUUGGAAAACCUUUCUGCCAUCGAAAAAAUUAUAUUUUUUGCCAAAAAUGAACCUUUGCAAGUUUGAGGACGGCGAAAUAGCGCCGGCCUGUCCGAAGAAACGUAAGGAACCUCCUGAGGUGCUUUCUUAUCAACAACAAAUUUUGGCACAGGCCAAAAGCUUAGGGCAACUGCGGAGGCAUUACGUGGCUCGUAAGUGUUACGAAAACAAAAUAGACGAGAGGAAGGCACUAGAAGACAUAUGCCGAUACAAAACAUGUUACCCCUGUUCAUCUGAACUCCAACUUUUGGAAAUCCUUAUAAAGAACAAAGCAUGCCCUGACACGAUCAUAUAUCAAACUUACAUUGUCGAGGCAGAUAGAGGAAAAUGUUCAGGAGCUGAUGAAACGUUUCGGAAACUCAAGCAGAAAACUCCUGCGUCGGUCAAAAGGCGUCUCAUCCGACCAUGCUGCGAUGAAGAUGAUCCCCUAGGAUCGAGCCAACGGAAGGGCCGCAUGCCUCAACCAGAGCAGAGAUCCACGCCUAUACCUCAGCAAAGAUCCAAGCCUAUACCUCAACAGAGACCCAGGCCUACACCGCAGCAGCGAUCAACGGCUAGACCUCAGCAGAGAUUCACUCCAGCCCCCAGGGGAGCCGCUGGUGCACCCAGACCACAGCCUAUGUACCAAGGUUCACCCUGUCCAGUUGGACCUCCAAGGCAAACUCCACGACCUCCCUGUUCACCGUGCGCAGUUCCUGCUUCAACCUGUCCAGGUCCCCGCCCACCCUAUCCCCCACCUAUAACACGUCUUACACCAUGUGAAAAAUCUUCCGUCUGUCCAAUCCCUCAAAGGGAACGGCCUAUUCAAGCAUCGACACCCAUAGCGGAAGGAGGUGCUUCAUAUUUUGGUUCUCCAGAUGAAACUCCUGCAUUUCUCCUCUCUCCAGGAGAUACCCCGGUGACAGUGUGUAAAAGGAAAACCAGAAUACCAAUUGCUAUUCGACAAGAUUUAUCGAAAUCUCAAAAACGUCAAGCAAGGGAUACCACCGGUAGCAGGAUUCCUUGUCCAAUAUCCACGCAGGUUCCAAGGAGUACCAGAUUUUCAAGAGUACAGGAUGAAGGGCCCUGUGCUCCAGAAAGCAAGAAAAAAAUUACAUUUGGUGGCACUCAAGUAUCUUACUUUGAAGACACAUUACAAAAUCUAGUCGGAGAAACUCGGCUCGAAGACACAGAAUUUCUGGCUGCACCACUUUCACCAGCCAUGCUAGCCCGACAGCCCCAACAAUUCCAAGAGUACAAAUCAAUGAUUGACCAAGAAAAGAAGGAGAUAAGAGAGAUGCAUAAUGUUGUUACACAGCUUAUGGAUAGGCCCGAAAAAGUGGAAUUCAAGGAUAUGUACUCUCUGGUACCACAGAUAUCAUACUUGGAAGAGACAUUGACAGAAACAGCUCCAGAAGUUGCAGCAGCGAUGCUCCAUUCUGACGAACUCGGCCUCAACCUGAAGUCGCCACCAACGGAAGUAUACAACACCCUCUUCAAGGGAGGUGAUAUGGAUAAAACCCUAAUCAAAGUAACACCAGAAGAAAAUGCUAAGUCUGUGGCACCCUUGAGUAGUGAAGGUUUUCAAGCAACACUGCUCGGAUAUGAACAACAAGGUCUUUUUGAAAAUGUUAGUCCAGAACUAAGUUAUGAUCUACCUGAAAUGCCAGAUUCUAAAAAACAAGAAGGCGAAGAAGAUGGUGAAUAAAUUUAGCUAAAUCUCAUCCUACAAAAUAAGUACUGUGUUAUCAAGUAAUGGAGGUGGUGUGCCGUACUCAUAAUGCCAUACAAGCAUUCAUAACUGAAUAAAUACAUUUAAAAAAUACCUAAUAAAAUGUAGAUUGGAUUGAAAUGAAAAGCAGCAAACAUAAUCUUAAAAUUUUUGAGGACCACCUCCUUCUGAAAGAUUAGGUUUUAUAUUGAAUGUAAAUUAACAGGUAUGGAUGAUGAGAGGAGGGAUUCAUUCAACUUACUAAAAAAUUAUUUUUUCCAUCCAGAGAAAUAGGUGAAAACCUGAAAUCGAAAUUUGCCAGGGGGGUGAGAAGUACAACCUGUGCCAACACAGGAGACAGUUUAAAAACUAGUUUUUCAGUUCAAAAACCCUUCAUUGUCAAGAAUAUGACAAUUUGCCUGAGACUGUAAGUUAUUUAGAGCACGGUUAACAAAACGAAAAAUUUGAAAUUGAUAAAAUAGAAAAAUAUAGAACCUCUAUAGUAAACAGAAUCGAAGUUCAGGAUAAUUUGAAAAAAAAAUAAAAUGUAGACUGGUAUUGACAAUAACUUUACAUUAAUGAUAUUUAUGUUUCUGAGUCCAAAGAUAACCUUGAACUGAAAUAAACAGCAUAGGAAACAAAAAUGACAAUGUUUGUGAAAAUUACCCCUAUAUUGCUUUUUAACUAACCCAAAAUCAUUCGCUUGAAUAAAAUGCAUAUCAUAAUCCAAAUUCAUCUUAUCCGAUUUAACUACCAGAAAAUUAUUGGGGAGAAUAAUAAUCUGAAUCGGAAAACAUAUAUUUUUUUUUCAAACAAAAAUGUUAUAAUCUUAUAUUGUCAUACUUAGCAUUGUGAAGGUUGCGCAUUGAAGUGAGGAUGAAACUUUUCAGAAGGUGAUGAAUAUGACAGUGCUAGAAAACAAGAUGAACAGUCACCUGGCGAAGAAGGGGCUGAGCAGCAGUCGGGAGAAAAUGGUCGGGAGUCUCAAAGAAUGCCUAGUAUACAUUCUGGAAAAUCGGAGGAUUCCAAUCAAGCAAUGUUCGAUGUACAGCUCCAAAUAGAUUUGCAGAGCGCUUGUGACUUUUACCAAAUAAGGGGUUCCCAACCACCCUCGUGGUUUCCUGGAUAUUUUGUUGCAUUGGGAGAUGGCACAUCUAUAAAUGUUGUUAAGAAACCAUGGCAGGUUCUUGAGAAAGCAUGGAGGAAAUUCGAGCCAAGUUCAAUGAAACCUGACAAGGGCACAUACGUUCUGGGUAUUUAAAAGUUGCACAUACCUGGCAUUUGUUCAAGUAGUACUCAGCUGUCUUGUGCUUCUACGAGGAUUCUGUCUUUGACAUUCUAUCCGCAAAUAAAACAUAAAAUUAAAUAACCCGGUUCUUUUUAAUAUAAUU